AUGCAUUUGGAAGCUAGAAGAGUUAUUUUUUUCCUUUGGAUUUUUCUUCAAGUUCAAGCAAUCAAAGAUCUCUCCAUUAAAAUAUACGGUUCUGAAAUUAAAGACAUAGAUAAUGCCCCAAGAACUGAAGCAACCAAAAAUACCGCAAAAACGUACAAAGUGUCAACCAUGAGACGAAUAUUCGAUUUGGCAAAGCAUCGAACCAAAAGAUCAGCAUUUUUCCCAACUGGGGUUAAAGUCUGUCCACAGGAAUCCAUGGAACAGAUUUUAGCCAGUCUUCAAGCUUAUUAUAGAUUGAGAGUGUGCCAGGAGGCGGUGUGGGAAGCCUACCGGAUCUUUCUGGAUCGCCUCCCUGAGCCAGGGGAAUACCAGGACUGGGUCAGCGUCUGCCAGCAGGAGACCUUCUGCCUCUUUGACAUCGGGAAAAAUUUCAGCAACUCCCAGGAGCACCUGGAUCUUCUUCAGCAGAGAAUGAAACAGAGAAACUUCCUUGAGAGAAAAGAUGAAGUAGUCACAACAGAGACCUUAGGAGAGCUUGGUCAAACCCCUACGUGGCCAGUGUCUCACCCAGGCCCUUGCUUCCCCCUACCGAUGACAACUGCUCAACGAAAUCCUCAACUACACCCUCCCAGCACCAAAGUGCCUACGAGAGAAAGAAAAAUAGAAUUCACCGAUGCUGCUGAGGAUUCACUGGAGCAAAAAGUAGAGCUAAGCAUCUCUCUGGCAAACCAGAAGUUCAAGCCAGAGCUGGAUAACUCCCGGUCUCCGUAUUACCAGGAGGUCGCAGCCAAGUCUCAGCUUCAGAUGCAAAAGAUAUUUAAGAAACUUCCAGGAUUCAAAGAGGUCCAUGUGUCAGGAUUUAGACCAAAGAAAGAAAGAGAUGGGACAAGCUCCACAGAGAUGCAACUUACAGCCAUCUUUAAGAAAGGCAAGGCAGAAGCAAAAAGCCCUGCCAGUGACCCUCCGUCAUUUGAUUCCAACAAAAUUGAAAGUGAAGGAGACCCUCGUGGAACGAUGGAGGAAGAGAAGCAAAGAGAACUCUAUCCCACAGCGUCAGAGCUCAGGAAGCUGAUCAGCAGAGCCCUGGAGGAAGACCAGUCCUUGGAUGUGGGGACAAUUCAGUUCCCUGAAGAAAUUGCUGGGUCAUUGCCAAGCCUGGAUCCUGACACCCAGUUGGUGCUGCCCACUCUCCUCACUGUUAUCGCAAAGGAUGCUACUCUGAGUCCAGAACUUCCUCUUGGUCAACCCAGGCUGGAGACAGUGGACAGAGAAGGACACAGUCUACCUGGAGCUUCGCCCACAGAUGGUUCUUGGGCUCCACCUGCUGUGACCUCUACCUCCCUAUCAGAAACUCUACCUUUUUUCACUGCAUCAAGCGUCUUUUCUCAGACUGAUCAAAGUGCCACAGACAUAAUGUCCAUUGACCAGACAGUACUAAUCCCACGGCUUACUGUCCCCACUGAUGAUUAUUCUGCCAUCAGCCCAUUGGUUCCGGAAAUUCCACACUUGCCUACAUCUUCAGAAGACCGGUUAAGUACAAGCAGCCAAGAUGCAAUGGAAGACUUAGAUGGAAUGGAUCUCACUAACACUCCUACCUCCUCUGAGUUCCCAGGAUUCAGUGGGUAUGUUUCCAGCCCGGAUUAUUUCCUGGAGAACAUCACUCCUGACCCAGGUUUGCACUACAUCACCACCAGCACCAUGACUGUUGCUGCCAGGGGCCCAGAGUUGGUGGUGUUCUUCAGUUUGCGUGUAGCCAACAUGCCCUUCUCCACUGACCUGUUUAACAAGAGUUCGCUUGAAUAUCAAGCUCUGGAGCAGCGAUUCACAGAACUGCUGGUUCCAUAUCUGCGAUCCAAUCUUACGGGUUUUAAGCAACUUGAGAUACUUAACUUCAGAAAUGGGAGCGUGAUUGUGAAUAGCAAAGUGAGGUUUGCUAAAUCAGUGCCAUAUAACCUCACCAAGGCGGUGCGAGGUGUCUUGGAGGAUUUUCGUUCCACAGCAGCCCAACAACUUGAUCUGGAAAUAGAUAGCUACUCUCUCGACGUUGAAGCAGCGGAUCAAGCAGAUCCCUGCAAAUUCCUGGCCUGCGGCGAAUUCGCCCAGUGUGUGAGGAAUGAGUGGACCGAGGAAGCUGAGUGUCGCUGUCGAUCGGGGGACCCAGGCCCCUGUUCUCCCAUAGAGGACUGUGAAGACAUCCCGGGGAAGGGAACACCAUGCAGAUCACUAGACCAAUCUAAAAAUCGAGUGUAUGAACCUGGUGUUAAAAAGUUCCAACGUCAGCAAGAUAACAAGGUAACUAUGAAAAGAAAUUUGAAUUACUGACUAGGAUAUGAAGAAUUUAACUAUCAAGAUUGGGAAGGAAAUUAA